ACAAUUUUGUUUCAAAAUGGCGUCUAAUGUUGAAUAUUACGAAAAACAGAAAGAAUUUCAAGAUAAAAUAAAUAAGAGUGAGCAAGAGAGGCUUAGAUUGGGCCAACAGUUGAAAGCAUAUUUUCAGUCAGACCAGAGAUUAGGCAAACUGAAGGCUGUACGUCUACAUAACUAUUGGAAGAAGAUCUGUGAGGAUGAACGUCGGAGCAAGCAGAGGAAUGAACAGAUCCGCCGAGAGUUUGAGAGGAUUGAUACACACAUGGCCUCCCUUGGCUCCCGAACAGAGAAACUCAGAAUAUUAAAGAAAGAAUAUGAGGAGUACAUAGAGAGGACCUACCCCCAGUGGAGGGAGCUAUGUCAGACCAAGAUGGCUGGGUCUCAGCCUGCUGCCACAGAUGCGUCUGAUGGUCAAGCAGGCAGUCCUCGUGAGGAGACGGACCCAAUAGCUGAGAAGGUGAAGCUACAGAUGUCACAGAUCAUCAACAAUAAAUCCACAACUAAGCCAUCCAACAAUAUCAUGAACAUUCGAGCCGUGGGAACACCUCAAUCCGCUUCUACAAGUGCUGCUCCUGUGACAACCCACCAGACCUAUACAGUCUCCCAACAGUCCUACAUGGCUUCUGAGCAGCCUCCCCAUGCCUCCCAGCAGACAUACACAGGGUCACAAGUUGCAUCAUCAGUCCCUCAGCAGAGCUACCCAGGGACACAGCUUGCAUCAUUCACCCCCCAGCAGUCCUUACCAUCAGCCCAGCCGGGCACAGAUUCUCAUCACACAUAUAUGAACAGCUCAGCCAUCUCAGAAGACACAUAUCCAGCCUCCAGAAGCUUUUGCUAUUCAAGUCGUGUUGCUGAAACAUCUGUUGAUCGGGACAGUGAUUUGAUGGGUAAAGUGCUUCAGUCUGAGACUCCCCGUGAUGUUAGUAGGGUGUCCAAUACUCUCUCAGACACACCUCGUGACAAGAGUGAAGAUGGUGGACCAUUGCCUGUACAGAACAUUAGUAUACAGAGAAAGGUGGCAAGCCCAGCACAGGCAACAGGUAACAAAGUUUCAGCCAUGCAGCCUGAAGUUGAUGAAGAAGAUGUUGACUUUGGCAGUGAUGUUGACCUCCCACUGAGUGAUGCACAGGGUCACGCUCCUGUACAACAAAGGGAGAGAACUGUGUCAGGUGGAGAAGAUUCUGUCUCUGCAUCAAAGCCUUUUGCUAGAGGAUCCAGUUUUCACUCAUCAAAACGAUGGAGCGAGUAUGGCUGUGUGAAGCCGGAACUGACACUGGAGGGUUUGCUGUUCCUGCUUAAAGUUGUGCAGGAGGAUUUCCCCCAAGCCUUUGCUUUAGAUGGCUACUACAGAUCCUACAGACCAGACUCAUCUGCCAGACUGGAGAUCAUACAAAAAGCCAACAGCAAGAGUGACCUGGAGACGUUUGACCUGAACCAAGUGAGCAUGCUGGUGUUGGAGCAGAUGAUUCUGGUGGUGAUGAGUCUGAAGGAUGGCUACUUGUUGUCUGACAGUCUACUGGACCAGGCCGAGAACACCGCUCUCACACAGCAUGCCAUCAAGCAGCAGUUGUCUCCUGAUGGGCAGACAUUGUGGAACGGCUUGUUCAACCACUUCUCCCUGCUGCUGCAGUACAAGGUGAUGGAGCCCAAGGAAAUAGCCGCCAUUUUUGUGCCCUGCAUAGUAGAGGAUGGAUCACUCAAACAGAAAAAAGCAUACCAGUUGGUUACACGUCUACUGACAGUAAUGAGUGGGGAUGAGACUGAUGAUGCUUCUUCCCUGGCCUCCCCAGUGCGUCAACCCCCUCCACCGCACACACCCAAGGCUGAAGUCAACAGUGGCACAUAUGAUGGAAAAGUUCCACCAUUGAAGUUUGGCAGCCUGCUGGAAAAACCUCUCACCGAUGAUGAGUCAACCAGCUUUUUCAGUAGUGCUCCCAGGGAUAAAAUGCCACUAAACGAAACUGAUGCCUACAAGAACAUGCUGAGUGGAACAAUGAACAGCCAGCCCAGCACACACAUAGAGGAGGAAGAGGAUACUGAUGAUGAUGUUGAGAAACAGUUUGCCUCGGUGUUGUCUCCUCGUACCCCAGCAAGCAACAGCAUCCCAGAGGCAGUGGCUAACUUUGACACACAAAGUAAGCCACCCCAGAUCGAAGAUGACGAAGUGUCCGAGAUGAGCAGCCCAACAGCGGCAAAUAGUCCUGUGUAUGUCCCAACAGCAAUACAGAUGAGGUCAACAAUGAACUCGACAGGUUCAAACCAGCCAGUCAAGAGAAUAGCGGGAAUAAAAAUCAGCUCUGACCUUGACACAGAUUCUGAGCUCGAUGUUCUUGCAGCCAGCAAGAGGCGACAGGAAUCGGAGGAACAGGAGGAUGACUUCGACUUCUAUGGCUGAUCCUUGUAGAUUUGCCAGGUCACCAGUGACCAUAUAUAUCAACAUAUCUCUGAUCUAGUCUUCUUGAUUAGUUGGUGCAUUUAAGUCCAUAUGUAUCCAGUACAUUUAUAAAUAUUUACUUCUCAUCAACACUUAUUGACCAUGCUGACCUGAACAUUCUGUAAGCACAGGAUGCUUGGUGUAGUGGUUGACUCUCAGUCAUUUCAGGAUCUCCAGGCAGCCAUUGAGCUUAUUGCUAGUGAUUUGUAGUUCCUAAACAAUGGGUACAUUUUCAUGAUAUAUAUAGCACCAGUGCAAACAGUUAAAAUCUUAACUGUCCAACUCUCUAUGUGCUGAUUUAUAAACAUGUUCCCAAUGCUUUUCUCACCAUCUGGGAUUCCAGGUUAGAAUAGGUCCCCAGCAACCUGGCUGCUGUCUUGGUGACUCAGUCAAUUGUGCGGCAUGGUAUGCAAACUGUCCGUAGUUUCACACAGUUUCAGUAGUUUGUCUUUCUCGUCUUGAUUAUUGACAGGCUAGAAUAUGUAUAAGUAUGCUGCAGCCAUGAGAUAGUGGUGAAACAUUCAGUCAUUAACCACAGGCUACAGGUUGUGAUACCUGUGUACUCCAUACAGUAGUGGAAGAAUACGCUCAUGUGGGUGACAGGUGUGUGUCCACGCACCCAGCAGCUAACAGUCAACGCAUGCAUGAAUCCUUUGACAAAACCCAAACUUCUAUGCAGUCCUCAUUUAGUGACAGUGUAGUGCAACUGAUAAGUAACAUGGUGGAUGACAUAUAUAUUUGAAAUCAGACCAAUCAACUGAUAAACUGGGCCUGGGCUAUUGUUAAGAUAUCAAAGACAAUUACCAAUCCACAUACCCUCAAACACAAAAUGAACCAGACUUGUACAGUCAAUGCAAAGACAAGAGGCAGCUGAACUGACAACUAAGUGCAACUUAUACAGAACCGUAACCUAAUUCGUGGAUAACCUUGAUUCGUGGAUUGCGGUAAUUAUCAUGCUAUCUUGUAAAUUAAGUCAUGUAUGACAUCACAAAGCAGUACUUCGUGUACACACAGUGCCACGCCUUGCUGACAAAAAUGUUCCGAAUCUCUGCAUUACAUGUAAGUAAAGUAAAUCUAAUUGUCCAGCACUUUGAUAAAUGCCACCAAUACCAGAUUUUAUUUUUUUACAAAAUGUCAAGUAAAAAAGAUACUGUUAGCACCAACCUUCUCACAUCUCGUCGUCCUCUUUCCUAUGUGUCAAUAGUUACUGCAAAGGGCUGUCGUACAUUGUGAUAUUUUGUAACCGACUAUGUAAUCCACAAAACUAGGUGAUGUCAUAUCUUGUGUGUGCACGAAAGUGUGAUGAUUGCAAAUGACUUCGGUAAACAAACGUUUCAUUCACGAGUGGAAAAUUAGGCAUUUUCAAUUUGCUGAAUCAGUGAAUAAAAUAA